UCUCCCCGAGGCUGCUCAUGGAAUCGGGAGUGAGAUUCUGGAAAGGAGGAACCGGGACGCGAGACGCGGAGACGCGGGCAGAGCUGCGGAACGGGGGGAGAUGCUGCCGUCGGGCAAGAUGCUGUAGAGGUGAUGUGUGUAGCGUCGUGCUAUAGAGAGACAUAGCAUAGAGCGUGAUGCUAUGGGGGGGGAGAGUGGCUGUUCGAGAGAGAGAGAUGAGACAGAGCGAGAAGGUGCGGUGAUGAUUUAGGAUGCGGAUGCUAUAGAGGGCAGCUGUAAGGAGAUGCUUGCUACAUUGAGAGAUGCUUUGUAGAGGAAUAUGCUGUAGGAGCGACACGCUAUGGAGACAGCAGCUGUCAAGAGAGACGCUGUGGGAAUGAAGAGAACGGUGCCAUAGGGAGGCGAGAGAGAGACGGUACGAGGUUACGAAAUGCUGUGAAAAACAAGGAGACGAUAUUGCAGGGAGAGAAGGAUGCUGUAGAUAGGACAUUGGGGAAGGCUGUAGGAGGAGAGAGAUCGAGCCACAGAGAGCGAGGUGGUAUGGAGGAAGACAGAGGCGCUGUAGAAGGGAUGAGAAGUCAUUGGGGGAAGGAGAGAGAAGAGCGCUGAUGUGCAGGGAGCUUAUUGUGGUGCAGAAGCCGCUGUAGAGAGACACGACGGGAGAGACAAGGCGAGAGAGAGAGACAGAGAUACCAGCAGGGAAACAGCGAGUGAGACACGGGGGAGAGACGCGGAGACAGACGGAAGGGUUACUGUAGAGACACACGGCGAAGGAACAAGGAGCUGCUGUUGAUGGAGGCGCGGAGAGUCAAGGAGAGCUGCUGCAGCUGAUGCAGCUGAUGGGGGAGAAGACGCAUUCGGCUAGAGGCAAAGAGGAGGGAGACGCUGCCGUUGUAGCGAGAAGGGAGAUAAAGAAGCAAGGAGAUAUUGACGCAGACAACGUAGAGUGCUGAUCCUGCUUCGGAGACGCAGAGAGACACAAACACAGAGACAAGAGAGCGAGAGACAAAGACGCAGGUAAGGGACAGAGGGAUAAGAGACUCGAGAAGAAUCCAGGAGUGUGUGAGACAGGAGACGGGGGAUACACAGACUCGCGAGUAGAUAGACAGGCAGCGCAGUACACACCUAGUAAGACACAGACAGCAGACCCCCCCCCCCGAGGGACAGCCCCCCCCCUCCCCAAGGGAGACAGAACCCCCCCCCCCACCCCGUUCCCGCUUCCUCCGGCCACCGGGGGCCCCGUAGAGGAUGCGGCAGCAGCAUGGGAGUGGGCGCGGGUGAGCGCGGAGGGCGGAUGCUGCUCGCGACCCUGGGCGCCUUCGCCGCCUUCAGUCUCAUGACGAUCGCCGUAGGCACCGACUACUGGCUGUACGCGCGCGGCCUGUGCCACAGCAAGGACAACGGCGACAAUGACACAGGCAAGAAGAUGCAGGAGGUGCUCACGCACUCGGGCCUCUGGAGAAAGUGUUGCCUCGAAGGGGAGCUGAAGGGCGCUUGCAAGAAGAUUGACUACUUCCCCGACGACCAGGACUAUGAGAAGGGCAGCGCGGAGUACCUGCUGCGCGUGGUGCGAGCGUCCAGCGCGUUCCCCAUCCUGAGCGCGACGCUGCUGCUGUUCGGCGGCGUCUCGGUGGCAGCGAGUGAACUCUACAAGCGCAAGCACAACAUCCUGCUGGGCGCCGGCAUCUUCUGCGUGUCCGCGGGCCUGAGCAACAUCAUCGGCAUCAUCGUGUACAUCUCGAGCAACUCGUACGACCCGGCGCAGAGUGACUCCAAGAAGAGCAGCUACCAGUACGGCUGGUCCUUCUACUUCGGCGCGCUCUCCUUUGUGCUCGCCGAGGUGGUGGGUGUCGUUGCCGUCCACGUGUACAUCGACAAGACGCGGGUGGCCCGUGCACGGGCCCGGCCGCACCAGCUGCAGCACCUCAAGCGGCCCGUGCCAGCCCCGGGGCCCUACUCCACGUACCGGGCGCGCUACCGCCGCCGCUCGCGAUCCUCGUCGCGCUCAAGCGACCCCGCUCGCUCCCGCGACGCCUCGCCAGGCCUCCUCCCUCCGCAGUCGCUCCAGCACCAACAGCAGCAGCACCAACAGCAGCAGCUACUGCCCUUGGGGGCACCGAGGUUGACGCAGGUGGGACCUCCCAUGCCAAUGGCCGUCACGGACAUCAUCCCCAUGUACGCGCUGCAGGCCACGCCAGGCCGCGAUGUGUCGUCAGCCUCCGCCUACAAUUCUGUUCGUGGACCACCCGGGCCCUUCCUGCAGCCCCACGCGUUCUCGAGCAAGGACGACUUUGACGACUCGACGCUGCCGCUCGCGAACCGACGAACUACGCCCGUGUGAGCGUGGGGUGGUGGGCGGCAAGGAACGUGGGGUGGGGGUGAGGGGCGCCCAGGACGUUCCCACGAUGGCGUGAUGCUGGUGAUGGAGGCCAUGAUAGGAAACUGGCAACGAUCAAGGUGAUCGUAAUUAUGAUAAUGAUGGUGGUGAUGAUGAAAGCUACAAUGACACACUAGGCGAAGAUGGUGGUGAUGGUGGUGGCUUAUGUAGACGAAGGUAACAAGGAUGAAGUGGCGGAGAUGGUGGUGAUCAAAUUCACGAUGAGGAACUAGUGGUAUUGAUGGUAAUAAUUGUUAGCGGUAGUGUCUCAAUGAUGUAGAGGGUUGUCAAGAUACUGGACUGGCAGUGAUAGUUGUCAUGCUCACUGAUGUCAGUCAUGAUAAUGAACUGGCGGUGGUGAUAAUGAUGAUGGCGCUGAAGAAUAUGAUGUUGAUAAUGGUGAUGAUUACGAUGGUGGUCACGAUUUUGUUGGUAGUAGUCGUGUUUACGAUCAUGAUGGUGGUCAUGAUGAUGAUGGUAGUGAUGAUGGUAGUGAUGAUGGCGAAGCAGCCGUUGCUGGUGAUGGUGCUGGGGGAAUGGGUCAGGGACCAGAUUUCAGUGUUUAAUGUUGUGAUGUUUGUUGAAAGAAAAUGUUUUAAAAGGUGCACGUGGGCAGUGGCCCCACACAUAGCUACAUAUACAUAGCUACACACACAAAUAGGUAUAUACACAUCACCCACACACAGACAUAGAGAUGCACACAUAUAUAAACAUAUACUGUACAAAUCACACACAUAUAAUACAUACGUACAACACGCAUAUACACACUUCAGGAUCACACGGAUAUACUAAAUACGUACAGGUACAUAGCGACAAUAAACACAAAUUAAAGAACACGUACACAGAACACACAUAGGUACUUAACGACGCACACACGUACUGACAUUCGCACACACUCAUAGAUAUAUUCACAAAUAGAGAUGCGCGCACUAACACAAGACACACGUACAUACAUACAACACACGUACAUACAUACACACAUCGAUACAAACAUACAUACAAACGUAAAUAAAAUAAACCCAGAACACGUGUAUAAAGCGACCUCAAUGAAGACGUCAUGGCCAUUUGAGACGGCCCACGCGCCGCGUCCCAGUGUACACCUGGGUCAUCCCGUGUGCACCUGGAUCCCUGUCUGCCCCUACCCCCUCUAGGGUGGUCUCCCCCCUUCACUUCCCCACCCCAAUGCCCCCCCCCCAUACCUUCCCCCCCCCCUCUCCCGCGGGGCCGCUCGCAGCGAGCCGCGUCUCUCAGUGCCAUUAAGCGACACUCGUAUGAAUGAAUGCCUUACUUCACACCCGUGUUCCACUCGUGACCACGGUCCGUCUUGCCUAGGGGAGGAGGGAGGGAGAGGGGAGUAAAUUCCACAUUCCCAUGACUGGGGCGGGGGUGCGGAGAGCAGUUCAACCACAGUGGCGAUGAUGAUGAUCACAAUAAUAAAACGCGCUGCUAAAAAUAACGGGGCGACGGGUUCAGAAUCCGCGUCCUCACAGGGAGGUGUCACUCGGUUCGAAUCCAGAUGAGGGGGCGAGGUGUGCCAAACUGUGCCCAGGUGUGCCUAGGUGCUUAUACGAAGUGAUGUGUAGAGAUAUUUACGUAGAGAGAUGUAGGAUGAAUUCGAUGAUGUUCUCCGCUCUGUGUCUGACUUUCGCCACCGCUGUAAAUUCAGGUGCAGCAGCUAAAUUCCGCGGAAGUUCCGCCUCUCGCUACUCCAUAGCGCAACAACUUUGAAUUUACAGCCGUAUAUAUAUAGCUACAACCACAGCCGCAGAUCUGUGUCAACGCAUAAACAAUCGAGCGAGCGUAACUUUGUUUGUGUGAAGGUGACUUCCGCGGAUGUCUAUUGUCUCGGGACCCAAAGUGAUGUAGCCCCCCUCACCUCCUCCAGGUGUCAAAGUGGGGACAGCUGUGGUCACGUGUUCAGAGAAUUUAUUUCCCAAACCUCUCUGCGCGCGAAACAUAAUAGUAUUUUAUUUAUAUUUGUACCGUGUAUUUUUUGUAUUAGUUUUUACAUUUAUUUAUGUAUUUAUUUGUAUACCGAUUUAUUUAUUUACUUAAUUACACCUGAAAAACUCUCCACGCCAGGUGAGCGAAUGGGUCACGUGUCUACCAGCAGAGCGCAGUGUCGUUUUGUAACAGAUUCCCUAGCCAAUCACCGCGCGUUUCCUAAACCACUCCUCACACCUCCUCUCUCCUUCUUGCCACUCUGACAUCUGCUCUUAGUUCAACUUACCUCCUCACUUCACGCCUCUCAUCUUACUUCCACCCACCUCAUUCUUCACUUCGUUACCUCUCCUCCACUAUUCUCUCACCUCCUCACACCAUGACCCUCUCCUGACCUCUCUUUUAUCACCUCUUCUGACUUCUCUCUUCUGAAGCAAUAGCGUCGCGACCUACGCUCAUGGUUGUCAUCACGCCUCCGCGAUUCGACCCGACCUGUCCUUCAUUAAUUCAUCUUUCAUUCAAAGUCCGAUGUCAAUCCACUGCUGAAUGAACGCCUCCCCAAGCUGUGUCGGUCAUGAUAUUACCCGACAUUAUAUGACCUGACCCGACCCCCCCAAACCUGAUGUGACCUAUAUGACCCUACCCAACCAGACCCGAUCAACUGUCGGCUUGUGACUCCAGGUUAAGGAGGCUGCAAUCUCCAUCUCGGUUUUCCCACUAUCAGGUGUCAGCACGUGCAGGUGGGUUCAUGGAGUCACUGGAAUGCGCUGUCAGUGGCUUCAUCAUCAGCGCUUUCUCCGCAAGACGUGAGAGCGCGGCGGUCUUGGUGAGAGCCCAACACUCCAGCAUCUCGUCAUCCACCUAUUCAUCACCUAUCACUCGAUCCUUGUGUCAAUCCACUCAUCAAUGAAUCUACCUACACCUCGCGGCAUCCGAAACUUGAAAAGCCAGGGCGCACCAGUGUUGAUUCUGGUAUCCAGCGAACAAGAGGGAACAAGUGGAGAGUCUGGACGGCGGAAUUGAUUUGGGUGUGGAGAGGCAACUAUAUCCACAGUCUCGGUGUAGAACUCCGCAAGUGGCGUGAGAUUGCGAGAGCAGACUUUGGAGGUCACGUGCUGCCUGCACUCCCGCUGCGGGAUGCGGCAGAAGGAAACGAUGGCGAAAGGAGUGGUAGCAUCAGUGGCCGUGAUGAUGAUGCCCUCUUUAAUUUGUCAAUUUGAACUUGAGUGCCUCCCCAGCCACCUCGAGGAGCUACCUCUUAAUUCGGGGCACAGAGUGGUUAGUGGGGGGGCAUUGCUGUUUAUUAGGGGGCAUGGAGCGUCCCCCUACCCCGCCCCCCCCCCAAAUCCUCUAGGAUCGCCACAGACUGGAGCCACGCGCCGACACUGACCCUAUUCCUUGUUGGGCACAGCCCCAGAAGCGGCUGCCCGUUUUGUGCAAAGAGCUACUGUCCAUUAUUAAAUGUGCCGGUGCCAGUGCCAGCUCGUGAGCUGUUGCCCAUAAGGCCUCGGAACACUGAGCCGCGUUUGAGUCCGGGAGUGAGUUUCUCUGCUGCUGUGUCGGUGUCGUCUGGGUUUCAAACUACAAACCCAGAAAGCUGGAUUUUUUUUUACAUAAAUAAAAGUGGCCGGUUGCAUAAAUAACUUAAGGGUAAUUCUCACUUUGUGUAGUUGACACUUAAAGCAAUAUAUGUUACUGGGUGGAAGGGAUUACUCGCGUUUUAUGUAACCGGACACUGAGGCUUUGGAAUCAGGGGUUUCAUUUAGCAUUUAUUAUGUUUAGCUGAUCGUGACCACGUGAUCAGAUUCAUUGCCUCCCUGUACAAUUUGCUCGAAAUUUGAGUAACAACAGCUGUCUCCUUAUUUUACGAGCAGCGCCUGCUUUUUGUACAGAGUAUCUGCUUAGUGUACAGCUCGUUGUCUGCUGUGUGUACCCCUGUCUAGUCUGUCAGCCGUGUGUACAGCUCUCUGGUCUGCUGUUGCGCAUACAGCUGUGGUUUAUGUGCUGUGUGUACAGCAGUCUGCUCUGUCUGUUGUUCGUACAGCUGCGUGGGCUGUCUGUUGUACGCACAACUGUUUGGUCUCUCUGCCGUGCGUACAGCUGUCCGGUCUAUCUGCUGUGUAUUAUAGCUGUGUGUAACGACAGCUCCCUAACCACCCCCACCCCCAUGCGGUUGAUUUAUCAGCAGGGAAACUCGCUUCCAGAUGAAUCCGCACGCGUCUUGCGUCCUAAUGUUCUGUGUCCGAGUUGCGGUAAACACAUAUAGCGGAAUUUGAUUCCAUUACUCUUGUCGUUUGUGAAAGUGUAACAAUUUCAGAGUGAAUCCGUCACUUUAGGGGGGGGGGGUGUUUAAAAACCAAUCGGCCACUGAGCCUUUAUAAACCUGGUCCACGCGAAGCGAUUUUGGUUAAAUCAAGGCGAUUAACCGAGCGAGUGUCCCACGGAAGAGUCGUCGCGCCGCGUUUCGCGCGCCACCGUUCCGCGCGAGACACCGGGCGCCUUCCCACGCACGUGUUGCCAAACUCAGCUAUUUAUUUGGUCGCUGUUUCUCGGCUGCGACUUAUUGGGUUUGUCGAGUGGCAGAAUUUGUUUUGAUCAAAUUGGGUCUAGCGACACAUUUUUAACGACUUUCUCAUGCAAAUGCAUUGUUUCAGAUUUCUGAACGGCUACGGCUAUGUAUCAGUCGACUGUGUGUAAUAACUCCGGUAAGUUGUCUCAGUGGCUGAUUUAACGACUUUACAAGCUAUAUCUACAGCGACAUCUAGCGCCUUUUUUAGGUUGUUAUAGGGGGCGACUUUCCUCAUCUCGGGAGUUGGCAACGCUUCUUAUUCCAAUGGCGAGAGACGGAUUCAACUCGCUCGGUUGUUUCCGAGUAAAACUGUGGGUUUUUUGUUGUUGUUUUGUUUAAUCGCUUGCGUCGAAGCGUCACGUGUGCGUCGCGGCUCCAAGACGCUGAACCUUGCGCGGGUUUAAGAGCCAUAAUUAUCAUAUUUAAAGGACUAAUUAAUUAGAUUAUUUUUUCUAAUGCUCAAGCAAAAGGUGGCUUGGUCCAUGCGUCGCGUUUCUAAGUUGGUCUCGGCUCGGGGUGGAGAGAGAAUAAAGGGAACAGCGUGGAGGGAGGAGGUCCAAUGCAAGCAUCUGCGUGCUCACCACCACGUGAUCCUCCUGCGUGUGCGAGUAAGGAGAAUGGGUGAUGUGAUGGCGUGAUGGUGGUGGACAGUUGAGUGA